AUGGCCAGCAUAGCUCCAGGAGCAGAUAAAGCUGACAAGGGUUCUCUUGCUCUAGACAUAGUUUCCUCAUCAAGGACUUCUAAUAUCAGCCAGGAUGACUCGGGAGAAGCAAUAAGUGCUGAGAAAAUCUCCAACAAUUGUGUUGGUGAUGCAAAACUGCAACAAGCAAACGUUGCUGGGAUGGAGGGGUACUUGGAUUCAAUGCAGAAGGUUGGAGGCGUCCAAGAAAUUGCAGAGGCUCUAGAAACAGAUUUAGAGAAGCGAAUAUUCCCUGGUCUUGAGCAAGAUCUAUGCUCUCAACGCAUUGCUAACACACUCUCCCUAACACAAGCUCCUGCCCGAAACCAUUGGCAAUGGAUUGUUUCAAUGCUACGGGAUCGAAAACUCAUACUGAAAGGAGAUGAAUCUGAGAAAGGUUCUGUUGCUCUAGACAAUGUCAGGACCAGUGACACAAGAGAAGCAGAUUUGGAAAUCUCAUCUGCAUCACCUCAAGUCUCCAUUAGUGUAAAUUUGGAUGGUGAGAAUGACAAAUGUAUCUGGGAGGUAAAACUCCAACAUGCAGAUAUUGCCAAUAUGGUAAAGGAAAAGAACUUGGAUUUAAUGCAAAAGUUUGGAGGCAUUCCAAGAAUUGCAGAAGCUCUAGGUACUGAUUUAGAGAAGGGAAUCCUUGAUUUUAAGAAAGAUCCAUGUACUCGACACAUGGAUAUAGCUAACUCAUCACCCUCCCUAGCACAGGCUCCUGCACAAGGCUGCUUCAAUUCACUCUUGAAAACAUGCAAUGAUUGGAGUAUUUUUCUUCUUUUCGUGUAUGCAAUGCUGCUUCUUGGCUUUGGGAUUGUUAUGAAAAGCCCAACUGAUUGGCAUAAAGGUGUCAUAACAAUUCUUUUCAUCAUGGUGCUUGUGGCUAUUCAUUCCUUACGGGAACUUUGGCUUGAACGUUCGCGGCAGAUGUCAAGAACGCAGAAAACUUUGGAAAUGCACCAAGUGGAAGUGGAAGUCGAGGUCAUCAGAGAGGGAAGCUCGCAGAAAGUAUCCAUCUCAGAUGUUUUGUUGGGUGACAUAGUAUGCCUCGAGAGGGGAUCUCUAGUCCCUGCUGAUGGUUUGCUCGUAUCUGGUGAAUACAUAAAACUGGAUGAUGAUCUUGACUCCAUCAUUAACAACGAAAACCCAUUUCUGUUCUAUGGUCCAAAGGUGAUUGAUGGAAAAGGUCGCAUGCUAGUUACAUCAGUGGGCAUAAACACGACAUUGGGUGACUUGUUAAACAAGGUUACCUAUGGCGCCCUCAACAAGACCCCAUUACCAGUGCAACUUGAUAAGCUGAACACUGGCAUACAAAUUACAGGGCUUUUACUCUCCAUCCUCAACCUUGUAGUGUUGUUCUUCCAUUUUAUGCUUCAAAAGAAAAUAUUUCAUUUUAACCUCCCAGACCUCAAGGGGAAAGUAAUUGCAAGUAAAGAGAUCAUGGAUACAAGUAAGAAAAUUUUCUUGACACCAAAUGGGAAGUUCAACAUGUUAUCAACUUCAAUUCUUACGUUUCUGUUUGGAGUAACAGAAGGGAUACCUUUUGUAGUCACUCUUGCCAUUGGUUAUUGGAAUAAGAAGAUGCUAUUUGGCAAGGUCACGGUUCAAGAACCCUUGGCUUGUCUCACCAUGAAUUCAGUCACGACUGUCUGUAUUGACAAAAGUGGUUGGCGAUCACUAAACCCGGUGGAAGUUGACAUGGACUCGACAAGAGGAGAAAUAGAAGCUUGGAUAAAUGCUGGAGUCAAUAUCAUACUGGUUUCAGAAGAUAGUGUCUCAAUAUUGGAAGACAUAGCUUCUGAUUAUGGACUGCUUCCCAAUGCAGAUAAAUUGAAGCUUGAGGCUAAAGAGUUUCGAAACUACACCAACGAAAAGCGGAUGGAUGAAGUGGAUAAAAUCAUCUUAAUGGGAAGUUUAAUCCCUUCUGACAAGCUCCUAUUAGUGCAAUGUUUGAAGAAAAAAGGUCACACAGUAGCAAUGGUUGGAGUUAAACCAAAUGUGAUUCCAGCACUAAAGGAAGCUGAUGUAAGGAUCACCAUACAGACUUGUAGCAGUGAAAUGGUUAGAGAAAGUUGUAACAUCAUCAUCAUGGAUGGAAAUCUCAGUAUCUUGGUCAGUCUUGUCAGAUGCGGAAGAUGUAUUCAUGACAAUAUUUGCAAGUAUAUGCAACUUGAGCUCACCAUGAAUAUAGCAGGGUUGUUGAUAACCUUUAUCACGACAACGAUUUACGGAUAUUCUCCGAUUACAACCAUCCAAUUAGUCUGGGCAAACUUUGUUGUGACUCUUCUUGGUGGCCUUGGAUUAUUGACAGAGCCACCAUCAAAGAAACUGAUGGAAAAGCCACCAUUGAGACAAACUGAACCACUUAUCAACAUGACCGUGUGGACUAACGUUGUCAUCCAAGCUCUGUAUCAAUCUGCCGUCUCAGUGACAUGGCAAUUCAAAGGGCAAACCAUGAUUGGUAUUAACAAGGAGGUUAGUAAUACCAUUAUCUUCAAUAUUUUUGUCCUCUGCCAAGUCUGUAACAUUAUUAAUGCAAGACAAGUGAAGAAGAUGACUGUGGUUGAGAACUUUCCUCGUAACCCGUUGUUUUGGUUGGCAGUGGGUGUUAUUCUGCUGCUGCAGGUGGUUUUUAUUGAAAUUACACGUAUUCUGGCAGUGUUAGCAUAUGCAAGGUUGAAUUUGUUUCAGUGGUUUGUUUGUCUUUCAGUUGGGAUGGUUUCAUGGGUUAUUAAUUGUCUAUUGAUUGGGUUACAAAGUGCAUGCACUUCUUGA